AUGAUUUCUACACCUGAAAUUGCUGCUGUUGUCGGCGUCGCUGGCAUCGCUCUGUUGAUUUUACGUUCUUAUAAUCAAGGAGGUUCAUGCCAUAGUAAAGCUAAACUCCAUCAUAAGACCGUCAUCAUUACUGGAGGCAAUACUGGCAUUGGCAAAGCGACUGCCAUCGAUUUAGCUCAACGUGGUGCUCGCGUUAUUUUAGCAUGUCGUAGUGAAAGCAAAGGUAAAGAAGCAGUGGAAGAUAUUAUACAGCAAAGUGGCAAUAGUGAGGUUAUCUUUUGCCCACUCGAUUUAGCAUCUUUGCAGUCGGUACGAGACUUUGCCGACUAUGUCAAUGAGAAAGAAGAUCGAGUGGAUAUUUUAUUAAAUAACGCUGGUAUUAUGAUGUGUCCAUACUCCAAAACACAAGAUGGAUUUGAAAUGCAGAUAGGAACCAAUCAUUUUGGCCACUUUUUAUUGACCAAUUUAUUGCUGGAUAAAUUGAAAACUUGUGCACCCAGUAGGAUUAUCAAUGUAUCAUCGUUGGCUCAUACGAUGGGAAAGAUCAAUUUUGAUGAUAUCAAUAGUGAGAAAGGGUAUGGUUCUGUAGCUGCUUAUUCUCAAAGUAAAUUAGCCAACGUCUUGUUUACGCGUGAAUUAGCCAAACGAUUACAAGGAACUGCAGUCACUGCCAAUAGCUUACAUCCUGGAGCUGUCGAUACGGAACUCCAGCGUCACUUUAGUGUUCGUAAAUUUAGCUUCCUCAAUUCUCUAAUUACACCCUUGAUUUGGCUUGGAUUUAAAACACCCAAGCAAGGAGCACAAACCUCCAUCUUUUGCGCUGUAGAUGAAUCAUUAGAAGGAGUUAGUGGUAAAUAUUUCAGCGAUUGUCGAGAAAAAACGUGUGCAAAACAGGCUUAUGACGAUGAUGUUGCUAAAAGGUUGUGGCACCUGAGUGAAGAGUUGACAGGGUUGUCGAAAAAGCGUGAUUAAAAGAAAGGCAACUUUGCAUCAAGCUCUCUCCUUAGUAGGUGGCUUAAAAGUAGGGUCUAAACUUGUAUUUUUAUUCUAGCAAUUUCUCAUCCAUAGAUAGUUAUACAGUGAUAGAAGUAAUGAAGUUUUGCUUCAGCUAAAUGCAAUCAGGUCUUGAUCGUAGGAUAGCAAAUACUUGUAUUACGUAAUAGCGUUUGCAUAAUCUGUAGAUACUCUAUCCGUAAACAGUAUCAUUUAAUAGUUUAUUCUUGAAGUACUAUCCAGCUUGCUCUACAAUAUGCGUAUAUCAGCAGUGAUGAUAAUGCAUUGAAAGUGUUUGGCGUUAAAACUAAGCAUUUAUUGAGGUCAUCGU